AUGAGUGGCAAGUUUGUUCGUGCUUCAAAAUAUAGACACGUAUUUGGCCAAGCAGCUAAAAAGGAAUUGUAUUAUGAGAACUUGAAGGUUACUAUCAAUGCUUGGGACUCAAAUUUAAUUAAAACGAAUGGUAAAUAUAUUUCAGUUAAUUGGAAAGCAUCUGGAGGUGGUGCCUUUGCUGUUAUUCCAGUAGAAGAAGUAGGUAAGGCACCUGACCAAAUUCCUCUUUUUAGAGGUCAUAAAGCUCAUAUAUUGGACACUGAUUUUGAUCCAUUUAAUGAGCAAAUAAUUGCUUCGGGGUCUGAUGACGGAAAGAUUGGCAUAUGGAAGAUCCCUGAAAAUUAUUCUUUUCACAGUUACUACGAUGAAGAUGGAAAUAUUAAGGAUAUUUCACCAGUUAAAUUCUUGCUUGGGCAUACUAGAAAGGUUGGUCAUGUUUUGUUUCAUCCAACAGCAAGUAAUAUACUGGCGUCUUCUUCAUUGGAUUACACGGUUCGCAUAUGGAAUGUGGAAACAGGAGAAAAUGUCAUUACUUUGAUGCAUCCAGAUAUGGUGACAUCCAUGACCUUUAGCUAUAACGGCGACUAUUUGGCAACGGUGUGUCGAGACAAAAUAUUGAGAGUUUGGGACAUUAGAAGAGCCGAGGUUAUCAGUGAAGGCCAGGGGCAUACUGGCCCUAAAAAUCAGCGGAUUGUAUGGUUAGGUGACUCCGGUAGGUUGGCGACAACUGGGUUUUCCAAAUUGAGUGACCGUCAGAUAGCUAUUUGGGAUGCAUUUAACUUAGAAGAAGGCAAUUUGGGCGGCUUUUAUAAUGUGGAUCAGUCGUCCGGUAUUUUGAUGCCUUUUUAUGACGAUUCAAACAAAAUCUUGUACGUUGCGGGCAAAGGUGAUGGUAACAUUCGCUACUACGAAUUCCAAGACGACGAGUUGUUUGAACUUUCAGAGUACCAGUCCGUUGAUCCCCAACGAGGGUUUGCCGUUGCCCCUAAAAAAUGCGUGAACGUGAAAGAUAACGAAGUAGUAAGAGCAUAUAAGACAGUCCGUGACCACUGUAUCGAACCCAUUUCAUUUGUUGUACCUCGCAAGGCCGAGGUUUUCCAAGAUGAUAUAUAUCCCGAUGCUCCUUCAGGAGUGCCAGCUUUAACUGCCGAGGAAUGGUUGGAUGGUAAAUCAGUUGAAGGACCUGUCCUUUUUAGUGUAAAAGCGUUGUAUGAUGGAUUUCAACCAACAGAAACUGGCUUACAGAAGAGAAAUACCGGCUCCAGUGUUGCAAGAAGUAUCAGUAUGAACGUACCUAGGUCAACAUCUCAAUCUCCUCAAAAACUAAUAAUAAAAGAACCUAAGUCCUCUCCAGUAUAUUCCUCACAUAAAGCCAAAAGGUCGUUGGAUAAUGCUCUGAAAAACAACCAAAAUGUCGACAAAAUAUUACAGAAGGCGUGUGAUUUCGACGAACUCAACAGAGCUGAAAAUCCAGCUAAAGAUACGUCUGGCUGGGAGAGUGAUGACGAAAAGUGCUUAUCCCCAAGAUUAUCUGAAAACGCGGUUAAUCUAGAGCCUGUGAUGGAAAAGAGUGCUUCUCUGUCUCCGGUUCUCACUAUUGAGAAAAAAAACUCUAUACGUCGUACUCCUUCGGUUUCGCCUAAAAAAAGUGCGGAACUAAGCCCAAAGAAAGACCUGCAAAAGCUCGAACAAAGCCCUACACGUGAAUCUCCAACCAGCAAUUCACAUUCUGCUUUAACUUCACCAAAAAAGGCCAUCGGUCUAGUGCAAUCGGUCGAAAGACUAUCUUCCUUAAUUUUACAGUUAGAGGGUGUUGUCGCUAAACUAACUGCGGCAUCUAUAGAAAAGGAUGCACGUUUGCAACAACUAGAAGACAAAAUUGAGCAACUAUUGCAGAAGUAA